AGUAAUCUGUUUCAGACGAAGCCAUCGCUUCGAGGGGAUCCGGCACCAUGUUGAGUCCCCAUGCACGCCGGCCUAGAGUGAGGUUCAUCCUCCUCAUCAUCUUCGCCUCCGUCACCUCCUAUUACCUGCUUUUCAGCGGCCCGACUCCGCGCUUCAACCUUGUGCCCUAUCAAUCAGAAGCGCCAGAGACCAAGGGCGACCAGGCCCUUCCUUCGGGAGCGCCUGAACCACUCAAUAUGGAUCUCGAGACCUAUAACAAGGAGGUAGAGAUGCUUGAGUCUUGGGACAUGACGAUCGAAGAGCUGAGGAAGUGGAAAGAUCCCACUGACAAGGAAAACUACGACGACGUAGCUCCCGGCUACGAGACCGAUGGCCAGGGGCGAGACUCGGGCACCAUCAGCAGACUCCAGCAUGAGAAAGACAUGAGGAAGAUGUGGAGAUACGCUUAUAAAACCACAGCAGACCUCGAGUCCUCCAACAAGAUCUACGGUAACACCCUUUCGACCCUCGACUUCAAGGAGAACCGUACCGAGUCUCUUCGACGCAAGCUCAAGGAGGGCAGCGAGGUGACUGUGGACUUUAGCGUUGAUAAGCCCGUUCGCUUCAACCCGUACCCAGACUACAACAGUGACGAAUGGAAGAAGCUCAAGCACGCCCCUCAAGUCGCUUGCAAGGGCCCGACCGGAGAGCCUGUCGAAGACUUGCUGGUUUUCAAGGGCCGCCCGCACGACUUCCCCGAAGCCAAGUUUGGAAGCUAUGCUCUGUUUGACAUGGAUCCCAACAUUUGCUGGGAGAGAGAUACACGCCUCGGUCCCUAUGGCCUCCUGCAACAGACCAAGAAGGUUGGCGGCGAAGUCGAAAUCAUUGACUGGGACAAUGUCAACUGGGGUGACCUUGUGCGACGCUGCGUGGAAUCAAACGCUGCGAGGUUCGAUUUGACAAAGGAGAAGAAGAACCCGUAUCUGGACGUCUAUCCCGGCCUCGUCAAGCCUGCAGCUCCCAAAGACGAGGGUGCCAAGGUCGGAGAAUCGAAGAGCGCCACCGAUGCUCAGAAGGAUAAGGAGUCGCCAGCCGCCGCACCCGUCAGCUUGGACGACAAGACGACCAAGAUCAAGAUCAAGGGACGGUCACCGGCUGACCCAGGCGCAGAGACUGGGGCUGAGGAGACCAAGUAUGUCAAGGAAAAACGAUCUGCCAUCCUGCUGCGUUCCUACACAGGAAAGGUCUACACCGAGAACGACAAGCAGACGAUCCGCGCCAUGAUUAGCGAGCUUUCGCUCAAGUCUGGCGGCGAAAUGGAGGUUUUCCUCCUCGUUCAAGUCAAGGACAACAAGCUCAACCCGUUCGAUGACGACGAAGUCUACCAAGAUAUUCUGACGAAGCACAUCCCCCCGGAAUUCCAUGGCAUCACCGUUUUGUGGAACGAUCAGCAGGUGUGGGAUAUUUACACCGAACUGAAGGACGAGAAUGAGCGAAGUGUCCACACGGCGCAAUGGCUCUCUGUUCAGAAAUUCAGCCAAGAUCACCCCGAAUACGACUUUAUCUGGAACUGGGAGAUGGACUUCCGCUUCACCGGCCACCACUAUGAGAUGCUCGACAGUAUUGGCAAGUUUGCCGCCAAGCAGCCGCGUCGAGGUGCCUGGGAAAGGAGUGACCGGUUCUAUAUCCCUGAACACCACGGCGAUUACGACACGACCUUCCGAAAGGAAAUCGAGGAGGCUUAUGCCGGUGACACCAUCUGGGGCGCGCCCGAGCUGCCGUUCAUCACGCCCGUCGGCCCCAAGCCUCCCGUUAAGACGCCCGAAGAGGAUAACUACACAUGGGGUGUGGGCGAAGAUGCCGACUACAUCGCCCUCGGCCCCAUCUUCGACCCUGUCAACAGCAACUGGAUCAUCCGCGAUAAUGUUUGGGGUUAUUCAGACGCAACGCACAGGGCCCGUGACCUCCCUCGCCGCACCACCAUCGUCACCCACUCUCGCCUCUCGAAGCGCUUGUUGGAUAUCAUGCACGUGGAGAACUUGCGUGGAAACCAUGUCGCAUCCGAGAUGACUCCUCAGACUGUUGCCCUGCUCCAUGGCUUCAAGGCCAUCUUCGCCCCCCAUCCCGUCUUUACCGACCGAGACUGGAACGGCAAGUUUCUCCAAUCGUGGUUCAACCCGGGCCCCAGGGGAGAAUCUGGCGGCUAUGGCAGCCCGUUUGGCUGGGGCAGAGAGCGACGAUUCCAGGGUCAUUCUUGGUACUAUCGAGCGGAGCCGCCGAACCGAAUGUACAACAACUGGAUGGGCUGGAUCGACACUGGUAUGGGAGGCGAGGCGUGGGAGAAGGAACACGGACGACCUUGCCUACCGUCCAUCUUGCUGCACCCGGUCAAGGAUACCAAGCCCACUAAGGAGGGCCACAAGACUGGCUUCGAGCUCUUCUACGGCUAA